AUGCCUAUUCCAGAACCACCAUCUCUCCCUUUCGUAGGCCAUGCCACCGAGAUAGACCGGGAGUUACCUAUACAAUCCUUUAUCUCGCUCGCCGACAGAUAUGGAGAGGUAUUUCGACUUCGUUUCCCUGGAAGGACCGUGGUGGUCGUAUCAAGUCAUCGUCUUGUGAAUGAACUUUGCGAUGAAAGUCGAUUCGUAAAAAUCCCAAAGGCUGCCCUCUGGGAAAUCCGAAAUGGUGUCCACGAUGGCUUAUUCACCGCCAAAUUAGACGAGCCAAAUUGGGGCAUCGCCCAUAGAGUCUUGAUGCCUGCGUUUGGCCCUAUUUCUAUCAGGGGCAUGUUUGAUGAAAUGCACGAAAUAGCAUCGCAACUUACCAUGAAAUGGGCUCGAUAUGGACCGCAGCACCCUAUCGAUGUAACUGAGGAUUUUACUCGUCUCGCUCUUGACACCCUAGCUCUCUGCUCUAUGGGUUAUCGUUUCAACAGCUACUAUACUUCGAGUUUACACCCGUUUGUCGCGGCUAUGGGCGAUUUUCUCACUGAGUCGGGCAACAGGACCAAAAGAACUAUGCCAGCAUUUUUCUAUCGGAGCAAUGACGCUAAAUAUUGGAGUGAUAUUGAAAUUCUUCGAAAGACGGCGGAUGAUGUCCUUAAGGAGCGUAAAAGUAACCCGACUGAUCGUAAAGAUCUACUCACUGCCAUGCUUAGCGGGGUAGACCCGAAGACUGGGCAGCAUAUGAGUGACUCAAGCAUCACUGAUAACCUCAUCACCUUCCUUAUUGCAGGUCACGAAACAACAUCUGGACUCCUAUCAUUUGCAUUCUACGAACUUCUCAAGAACCCCGAAGCCUAUCGUAAGGCCCAGGAAGAGGUUGACACGGUCAUUGGGACAGGGCCCAUCACCGUGGAACAUAUGACCAAACUCCCUUAUAUCGUAGCCAUCAUGCGCGAAACCCUGAGAUUAUGUUCACCUAUUCCCUUAAUAGGUCUCGCUGCCAAGGAGGAUACUGUCAUCGGGGGUAAAUACAAAGUGUCAUCGUCGGAAGGCUUUGCGCUUUGCAUAAAGAAGGCACAUUUGGAUCCGGCAGUCUUCGGCGAAGAUGUGAUGGAGUUCAAACCAGAAAGGAUGUUAGACGAACCCUUCAACAAACUGCCCAAGAAUGCCUGGAAACCUUUUGGCAAUGGUGUCCGAGGAUGCAUUGGCCGUCCUUUUGCCUGGCAGGAAUCUACAUUGGCCAUAGCCAUGCUCCUACAAAACUUCAAUUUUGUCUUGGAUGACCCGUCUUAUAGCUUAGCUAUCAAACAAACACUUACUCUUAAGCCAGCUGGCUUUCGCAUGAAGGCAACUCUCCGGGGUGGAAUGACACCAGGCCAACUGGAACAACGACUGGCUGGCAAACAAGUGCCAACUGAAGCUCUUAGUGGGCUCUCUUUGAAGGAUCCAGCCCGCUCCGCCGAAAAUGGAAGUGGAAGGCCUAUCACCAUUCUGUACGGAAGUAAUAGCGGUACUUGCGAAGCUCUAGCCCAACGAUUGGCCAGUGACGCUUUGGGUCACGGUUUCCAGGUUUCCAAGAUUGAUAUUAUGGAUGUUGCAAAUGGAGACCUACCCAAGGGACAGCCUGUGGUGAUAUUUACGGCAUCCUAUGAGGGACAACCGCCAGACAAUGCUGCCCAUUUUGUCUCGUGGGUCGAAAGCAUCAAAGACAAGACGGCACUUGAGGGUGUGCAAUAUGCCGUUUUUGGCGUUGGCCAUCACGACUGGGCUCAGACAUUCCACAGGAUACCAAAACUAAUCGACACCAAGCUUGAAGAGGCUGGCGCUACUCGACUAGCCAAUAUUGGCCUCACCGAUGUUGGGAAGGAUGAUGCCUUUGCGGAUUUUGAAACAUGGGAAGAUGAAGUAUGUUGGCCAGCACUCAAGAAGCAAUUUGGUGGACCUAGCGGCGUAUCGGAACCCUCGCAAGCUGCCGGUAUCACGGUGUCGAUAACAACCCCACGCACGUCUGCUCUCCGACAAGACGUAACGGAAGCAUUGGUAGUGGAGACCCGCACGUUAACAGCCGAGGGAGAACCAUUGAAAAAGCACAUCGAGAUAGAGCUUCCUAGUGACGAACACAACGAAGCUUAUCGAGCAGGCGAUUAUCUUGCAGUCCUUCCAAUUAACCCUAAGCAGAUUGUCGAACGAGCCAUGCGCAGAUUCCAUCUCCCCUGGGAUGUACAUAUUACCAUUGGCAGCAAUGGCGUGACCAGCCUUCCCACAGAUACAUCACUACCGGCGCAUAGCAUUCUAGGUGCUUACGUUGAAUUGUCUCAGCCAGCAACUAAAAGGAACAUAAGUGCCCUAGUCGAGGCUGCGAAGAACGACGAUGAGAAAGAGGCGCUAAAGAAGCUCGUAGACGAGUCCUUUGAAGAGGUAUCGGCUAAACGUGUCUCCGUGUUGGACCUUUUGGAAAGAUUUCCGUCUGUCGACCUGCCGUUGGGUACCUUCCUUGCGAUGCUCCCUCCUAUGCGUGUGCGCCAAUACUCUAUCUCCUCUUCACCUCUGUGGAAACCGUCUCACGUCACCUUAACCUUCUCACUUCUUGAAGCCCCAUCCAAAUCCGGCCAGGGUGUACAUGUUGGCGCAGCCUCAUCGUACCUGGCCUCGCUCGCCCCAGGAGACAAAUUGCAGGUUUCCGUCCGCCCCUCCCACGCGGCCUUCCAUCUUCCCCAAGACGUUGAGAAUACUCCCGUCAUUUUCGUAGCAGCCGGCUCAGGUCUCGCACCCUUCCGCGGCUUCAUGCAGGAGCGCGCGGCCAUGAUCGCCGCGGGACGCAAGCUCGCGCCCGCCCUGCUCUUCUUCGGAUGCCGCGAACCCGGGCGCGACGAUUUAUACGCCGAGGAACUCGCGGCAUGGGAGCGCGACGGCGUCGUCACCAUACACCGCGCGUACAGCCGGAAGCCCGAGGCGGCCAACGGCCACAAGUACGUGCAGGACGCGAUGCGCGCAGCCGACGAGGAGGUCUCGAAGCUCUGGCGCGAGGGCGCGAAGCUGUUCGUCUGCGGCUCCAAGGCUAUCGGCGAGGGCGUUAAGGAGGUCGUGGUCGAGCUGGCGAAGCGGGUGUCGAAGAAAGAGGAGGGUAAAGAUGUUACGGACGAGGAGGUCGCGAGGUGGUGGGAGGCUUUGAGGAAUACGAGGUAUGCUACGGAUGUGUUCGACUAA